GCGCGCUGGGGUUGAGCUCAACCACUUCUUCCUCCAGCCACCUCCAGAUCCGUGGCUUCUGCCUGAGCCCUGGACGAGGCGUCCCAGGUCUGGGAGGAGGGCGAAGGGACCUGGCGAUGGCUUCCCGGGGACUCCCGGGGUCCGCCGUGCUCACUGCUGCUGUCUUUGUGGGAGGCGCCGUGAGUUUGCCGCUCGUGGCCCCGGACAACGGUGGCAGCCGCACGCUGCACUCCAGAACCGAGACGACAGCCUCGCCCACCGACAAUGCUAAGGGCGGACACCCCGAAUAUAUUGCAUACGCACUUGUCCCUGUGUUCUUCAUCAUGGGUCUCUUUGGUGUCCUCAUCUGCCACCUGCUUAAGAAGAAAGGCUAUCGUUGUACGACAGAAGCUGAGCAAGAGGUGGAAGAGGAAAAAGUGGAGAAGAUAGAGUUGAAUGACAGCAUAAAUGAAAACAGUGACACCGUUGGGCAAAUUGUCCAGUACAUUAUGAAAAAUGAAGCAAACGCUGAUGUUUUGAAGGCAAUGGUAGCAGAUAACACCGUGUCUGAUCCCGAAAGCCCUGUGACCCCCAGCACUCCUGGGAGCCCACCUGUGAGCCCUGGGCCCUUGUCACCAGGUGGCACCCCAGGGAAGCACAUCUGUGGCCACCACCUGCACACAGUGGGCGGUCCUGUCGAGAGGGAUGUGUGUAAUCGGUGUAGGCACAAGCGGUGGCACUUCAUAAGACCCGCCAACAAGUCCAAAGAAGGCCGCCCAAGGCGUCAAGGGGAGGUCACCGUCCUCUCUGUGGGCAGGUUUAGAGUUACAAAAGUGGAGCACAAGUCGAACCAAAAGGAGCGGAGGAGUUUGAUGUCCAUGAGCGGCACUGAAAGCCUCAAUGGGGAGGUGCCUGCGACACCUGUGAGGAGAGAGCGGAGCGGCACAGAGGAGUAGGAAUGACUUCAUUUGAAGAGUUGUGAGAGACUGAGAACGUAACGAGAUACGAAGCUGCCCAAGAAAUAUUUUUUAUCUUUUACGUGCCUGCUGUCCUGGACUCUGCAGGCAUAUGGAAAAAGCUGGAAGGAAGUCUUUUUGCUCUGCUGGAUGCAAAACUCAGCUGGCUUUGAAACAAGUUUUGGUUUUUAAAAAUCUCUUGGAGAUUUUUUUAAGAAGAGAAGAACUGAUGUUUUAUCUUCCCAGUGACCUUCAGCCACUGCCCCUUCCAGUCCUCCGUCCCGGGCCUUAGUGAGCACCGUUUUUCCCGAAUGAUCGCUGGGUGUGGCGGAAUUAUUUGUGUUCAGUCUGAGCUGACGCUGUGUGUGUGUGCGUACGUGUGUGUAUGCGUGCCAGUGCUUCUGUUCCCACAGCCCUUACUUCCAAUUUUACACUGGUUGUAAGAAGAUCUACAGUUUAACUGUUACAAAAGAUAAAGAUGACUCUUUGGUGGAGAAAGCUCCUUGAAGAUCGCCCAGUCUAGCCCUGAGAAACAGACCUGGCGAGAGGUCAUGGAGUCAGGAGGAACUAGCCAGUGGACAAGGGUCCACCAUGCCGUUCUCUUAGGUCACGUAUAAAAUAUCGAGAGUUUUUUUUAACUUGAGCUAAGCAAUUUAUAUUUAGUCCACUCAAGAAAGGGGAAAAUAACCGAAAGUCACCGAACGAAAAAAACGUGUGUUUUGACAACCCAAGGUCAAAACAAAGCCCAAAGUCCCCACGCCUCUGCCAGGUGGGCCCCUCCCUCUGGCUCGGUUUCCCUGGUGCAUCUGCUGUUUUGCAUCUUGUAACUAAUGCUCAUUAUUUACAAGAACCUUGGCAGUUACUUCCCCUUUGGGCUUGGAAAACCGACUCUUUUUCUGCCUUAGAGCAGAUGACACUCCUGAAAGUAGUACUUACUGUACAUAGGCUCAUUCCAUUCUGUGUCUGGCAUCAAACUGAAAAUUUCCAGCCUGUUAAAUGGUAGGUGUAGUUCAUGUUUGCACAGUGGACUAGAGGAAGUUAGUAUGGACACACGUAUCGCCGAGGUCCAAAAAGUAGCAAUAUAGGAAUUUGGGGGAUGUGAAUUAAUGUAAAUAAUGUAUGGGCAGUCUAGGCCGAUAUUUUCAGUUUAAAAAAAAAAGAACACCUAUUUUGUUGUUUAAAGAAUAUGCCCUCAAAAUGGUGAGGGAUAAUACGUAAGAUAUUCUUCAGCUUUAAGUAUUUUUUAACGUUAUUCAGGUCAGAGCACUUUUUGAAUAGCAAUACAACAGGCCAGAGAAUACUCAAAAAUAUUUAAAGUUGUAUAUAUACCAAUAGUACGUUUUAAAUAUUUUCGAAUACUUGAGCAGUUUUUGUCUGUCUUCCAAUUAUGCCAAAUGUUAAGCAUUCAAUAUUUUCAACACAUAAACUUUCUACUGGUUUCUAUUAUCUAAUAAAUACUCUAAAGUGUUCCCAAAGCAAGUGAUGUUUACAGGCCUCGUGUUUUCCCUCCCCCUUCUGAAGGGCCGGGACCCACCACGGGCGUGCCCUCCCGAACACUAGUGACGCACUGACUCCGGGGGUCAUCAGUGGGUUGGCUGCCACCUGGAUGUAAAACUUUGUAAAGGAAAAUUUUCACCCUUUUGAGUGUGAAGUGUAUUUUUAACUGUCUGGUUUGUACUUUUACGACUUUUGUACUACCAAAACAGAGUUAAAAAUAAAAAUGUCAAGUGCA